ACUCUCGGCUGCCCCUGUGGUCCGGCCCGCCCAGCGCUCCCGGUAUCUGCGGGGGCGCGCCCCUGACGCCCUACAAAUACUCAGGUGCGCCGCACCUGUCCGCCCGCACCUGCCCGCUCUCGGCUGAGCGACUUCUCCCUCGCACGGCAGCCUUGGGCCGACAGCGCAGGGUACUUUGGGGACCGCCGGCCCCUGGGACGCGCGCAUACUGCCCCUCCGCCAUUUGUUUGGGUAGGGUCUACGAGAGCGCCGGGGCGGGGGGCGAACCGCCUGGCCCUCGCGGAUCGCUUUUUCGACCUCUAGUCCUCGGGCGGAACCUGUUCCUUGAGCUCGAAGACCCUCGCCCGCCGGAAGAAGGAUAGGGUCGCCCGCCCCGUAUUUCUGAGGGCAGAGAUGGCCAAUUCGGGCCUGCAGCUGCUGGGCUUCGCCAUGGCCCUGCUGGGCUGGGUGGCCCUGGUGGCGUGCACCGCCAUCCCUCAGUGGCAGAUGAGCUCGUACGCGGGCGACAAUAUCAUCACGGCCCAGGCCAUGUACAAGGGGCUGUGGAUGGAGUGCAUCACGCAGAGCACCGGCCUCAUGAGCUGCAAAUCGUACGACUCGGUGCUCGCCUUGUCCGCGGCCCUGCAGGCCACCCGAGCCCUGAUGGUGGUAUCCUUGGUGCUGGGCUUCCUGGCCAUGUUCGUGGCCACCAUGGGCAUGAAGUGCACCAACUGCGGGGGAGAUGACAAAGUGAAGAAGGCCCGGAUAGCCAUGACCGGAGGGAUCAUUUUCAUCGUGGCAGGUCUUGCUGCCCUGGUAGCGUGUUCCUGGUACGGCCACCAGAUUGUCACCGACUUUUAUAACCCACUGGUUCCCAUGAAUCUUAAGUACGAGUUUGGUCCUGCCAUCUUCAUUGGUUGGGCAGGGUCUGCUCUGAUCAUCCUGGGAGGUGCCCUCCUCUCCUGCUCCUGUCCUGGGAGUGAGGGCAAAACUGGGUACCGUGCACCCCACUCCUACCCUAAGCCUAACUCUGCCAAGGAGUACGUGUGAGCUGGGACCAUCCCUGCCCCAACUGGGCAGCCUCUGGUAUGCCCAGGUACCGGAAAUAACCUGGGGCAGAUCUCAGCUCAUGGGCAGGGUGCAGAGCUGAAGCCUCGUUAGGCCAGCCCAGCACACUGUGUACAUACAGUUCCCUUCAGGGUGGGGGCAAGGGGAGGGGGGAGGAGACAAAGGGCGGGAUGUUGGGUGUGCUUUUUGUACAGUAAUAAAAAAGUAUGUUUUGGAAA